AUGGGUAGGAUAAAUUUGGUGUUAUUUUCACUUCUAUCAUGUGUAUCGACGUUCGUGACGGUCCACUGUGAAGAUCCUUACUUGUUCUUCACAUGGAAUGUUACAUAUGCCACCCUUUCUCCCUUGGGUGUACCCCAACAAGUUAUUCUCAUCAAUGGUCAGUUUCCAGGACCAAAAAUCAACUGCACUUCCAACAACAACAUCGUUGUUAAUGUGUUCAACAACCUCGACGAACCGUUUCUUUUUACAUGGAACGGUAUUCAGCAGAGGAAGAAUUCUUGGCAGGAAGGAACAUUGGGCACAACUUGUCCCAUUCCACCUGGUAAAAAUUUUACAUACCAUUUCCAGGUGAAGGAUCAGAUUGGAAGCUUCUUCUACCAUGCCACAACUGCGUUGCACCACGCUGCGGGGGCCUACGGCCCCAUCCAUGUCCAUAGCCGGGAUCUUAUUCCAGUUCCAUUCGAUCGGCCGGAGGAUGAGUACGACGUUCUGGUGGGUGACUGGUACACAAAAGGUCACUCUACAUUAAAGAGGUUACUUGACAGUGGGCGAACCCUUGCACGGGCCGAUGGUGUUCUGAUCAAUGGGAAGGCAGGUAGCACUAAAGGGGAAAAUGAACCGACGUUUACGAUGAUCCCUGGAAAGACUUAUAGAUACAGAUUCUGUAAUGUGGGGAUGAAGAACUCCAUUAAUGUUAGAAUUCAAGGUCAUACAAUGAAACUGGUGGAAAUUGAAGGAUCCCACACUGUCCAAAAUGUGUAUGAUUCCCUUGAUGUGCAUUUGGGGCAAUGCUAUUCAGUCCUAGUAACAGCUAAUCAAGAACCAAAGGCCUAUUAUCUUGUAGCUUCGACACGGUUCACGAAAACAGUGCUGACCUCGACUGCAACCAUUCGCUAUUCGGGUAGUACGGGCCCCGCCUCACCGGAGCUGCCCAAGGGCCCCGUUGGUUGGGCCUGGUCCCUUAACCAGUUCCGGCCAUUUAGGUGGAACCUGACAGCCAGUGCUGCUAGGCCUAAUCCUCAAGGCUCCUACCAUUAUGGCCAAAUCAGGGCCUGGUCCCUCAACCAGUUCCGGUCAUUUAGGUGGAACCUGACAGCCAGUGCUGCUAGGCCUAAUCCUCAAGGCUCCUACCAUUAUGGCCAAAUCAACAUUACGCGCACAAUCAAGCUAGUAAAUUCAGCCGGCAAGGUUGAUGGAAAGCUUCGUUAUGCCAUCAACGGAAUCUCCCACGAAAAUACCGAGACUCCAUUAAAGCUGGCCGAGUACUUCGGGGUUGCAGACAAAAUCUUCAAAUACGACCUACUUAAAGACGAACCACCCACAGAUACUGAACAGAUCAGCAUUGCACCCAAUGUGAUCAAUGCCACUUUCCGUAACUUUGUUGAGAUCAUAUUCGAGAACCACGAAAAGAGUGUUCAAUCAUGGCACUUGGCUGGAUAUGCAUUUUUUGCUGUUGCGAUUGAACCAGGAAAAUGGACACCAGAUAAAAGAAAGAACUACAAUCUUCUUGAUGCCGUAAGUAGAAACACAAUCCAAGUAUAUCCAAAAUCAUGGGCAGCGAUUAUGACAACACUGGACAAUGCGGGAAUGUGGAUCCUAAGAUCAAUGAUAUCAGAGAGGAAAUAUUUAGGCCAACAACUCUACAUCAGUGUCCUCUCACCUGCACGUUCCCUUCGGGAUGAAUAUAACAUCCCGGACAAUGAUCCUCUUUGUGGAAUCGUCAAGGAUCUGCCAAUGCCAAAACCAUAUACCGCAUGA